GUGUGAUUGUAUCUCUGUGUCCUAAAUUUUGAAGAAGCACUCGCACUACGUUGGUUAAAGACAGGAACUGCAGACUGCAGACAUUCUCUCUCGCUUUCUUUGAUCAGUUUCCGGUUACUUAUAGGUACUCCGAUGAUCUGACCCUCUCUGAAUUUGCUAGAAUACAGGAAGACAGGAGGUUGAACCUGGCAGGUUUCCCGACAUCAACUGAGGGAGAUCCCCAGCGGAGGUCCAACUGGUUUCCUAACAGGCACCAGCGUGAGGUAAAAAAAAAAAAAAAAAGAGUGCUGCUGAAAGGAAAGCAAACUGCACACCUGUUAUUCAACAAGUUAUUGUUCACGUCGCCGCAUGUCAGACAAAUUCGCACUUAGCGAUGAGAAGAAAAGGCUGUCAAACGCGUUCAGUGACCAGACAUGACACAUGAAAACAACCAUCGAACAAGCGAAUCGAAACCGCACACUUUCUAUGCUGAUCUAAAGCGAAACCGUUGCCUUACUCUGCAGAAAUAAAUGCUAUUAAAAGUGCUUAAAAAAUGAGUCGCACCUAAAGCAAAGUAUCUCUGAAUAAACCUUCACGAAUGCCGUCAACAUCGUUUCGCAAAUGGGUGGUAACUGAAAGGCUUUCGAGUUGAACGGGGAAACCCCAUCUAUUACACGACUUCCUAAUUUCACUGAGAGAUAGAGACUCUGUAAAAUUGCUUCAGAUUGAAUCGGGUCGUAGAGGGAACAAGCAGUACAGUCCUUCAAGACAACAUUACGCCUUAUUGGCAUAUUGACAGCCUACCCUCAAAUUUCGCAUCAUUAUUAUAAUUAGGAAAGCUGACUGCACGAGUCCUGCGCUUUUGAAGUGUAUUCUGCGUUUUAUCAUUUAAAAGAUUGUUUUCAGCAUUAAACUUUAAAAUAUCAGUCGACUACUAUUAGGUGCUCCACUUAGCUGUGCUAAAACUUCUUGAACGAAGCAUAUGUAAGUAUUGUUAUUAAUCAAGGCAAUCUAUGAACUAGGGAUGACUGUCAUUUUAGGAACUAAAAAAGCGUUUUGAAAUGUGUCAGACUGACAAAAUGUUGACAGAAGGAUUGAUCUAGAAAAGGACCUAUAUAGCCUACCAGAGGACAAUGACCAUGAGCGGCAGUAAUCACACUUUGCCAUCUGCACCGCUGGACCUGACCAACAAAACAAGAGAGCGUCAACGAUCGACGGACGACCAAAAUCAGACCAGACAUACCCCAGAAAAACAGGUGGAAUCGGCGCACACGUGCAGCGAUGGACAAGCAAUUCAUCCACGGGACACGUUUAAUGGUUCUUCUUCGACGUCUCCAUCAGACGAUGCGAAAGUCAUGGCACAAACCAGAUCGAUCACACCUCGGAUGAACUGCGACAAUCCGACGGACACUGCAGGAAAACCGGCAGAUUCCUCGUUUUCCAAACUUCCGAUCAGGAAACGUCCUUUUCCUGUUGACCCAUCCAGUGAAAGUGAACCGCAAAACAAACUUAAAGAAGAGAGAUGUGGCCCGGGUCCAAAAGCGCAUAGGAACCAGAGUCAUUCAGACAGGGAUGCACAGAGGACAGUGAAUGAUCAUGAAAGGAACUUCGUGCAAACUUUCCCUGCUUAUUUCUUUGCAGGCUGUCCGUAUAACCAGUGGCCUCAGCGACACAUAGGUGGUCCCGCGCUUUCAUCUCCUCCUCCGCUCGAGAGCUCAGAUAGGCCGUUGGCAGAUAUUGCUGCAGCAACACAUCAAGAUGAAGACGGUGACACGCCUCUUCACAUUGCUGUGGUUAAGGAGAACGGUGAAUUGGUCAGGUGGCUUAUUGAAAUAUUUCGACGGGCCCACAGAGACCUAGACAUUUUCAAUAACCUACGACAGACACCGUUGCACUUGGCUGUCAUCACCCAUCAGCCCAGUUUGGUGAAAGCUCUGCUGGAUGCAGGUGCUGAUCCUGGAGCUCUGGACCGUCAUGGGCAAACAGCGUUGCAUUUAUGUUGUGAGCAUGGAGAGGCCUACUGCCUCGAUGUCAUUCUCAGACACUACUCGCACAAUCCCUCACCCCACCUGGAGAUCAGGAACUAUGAAGGUCUGACUCCCCUUCACCUUGCCGUGCAGAACAGAGAUAAAACAUUGGCAAAAAUCUUAUUGGACAGAGGAGCUGAGAUCAAUGCUGGGGAUAAUAAGAGCGGCCGCAGUCCACUGAUGCAUGCUGUAGAAAAUGACUGCAUUGACAUGGUCAGCUUACUGAUCGAGAGUGGGUGUGAUGUGAAUGCACAGUCUUACAGUGGGAACACAGCGUUACACAGCGCCUGUGGCAGAGGUCGAAUAGAGAUUGUCAGGCUAUUGCUGAAGAAUGGAGCUGACAGUAGUUUAAAAAACAACCAUAAUGACACUGCCAUCAUGGUAGCAAAAAACAAAAAGGUGUCUGACGUGUUGCGAGGGAAAGGCACUCGUAGCUACACUGUGAAAGCACUAUCGAGCAAUAAUGGCUCUCUGUCCCCAGGCAGCUCAAAUCAUUCUCCACGGUUAACUCCCACUCAUCAGAGCAGCACCUCACUUUCCCCUGUGGCUUCAGUUUCACACUCGCCCAGAAGUCAGUCAGUAGAGAGCAUUUCAGGACGUCAAUCGCCAGUGAAUGGCAAUGAAAACACACGUAUGCCGAUGUUGCCAAGAUCACUUCAUAAUAUAACAGCAGACAAUGAAGCAACAUAUGGAAUGCAACUCCAUCCUUUUCUGUGGUUUUCGCCGUCUUUUUCACACAUCCAUAGAAGGACGUUAAUCGCUGGGCCCUACUAUGAUGUUCACAAUCCACCAUAUUACACCAACGCACACAUCAUCGGUAUCCCUGUCCCUGUCUCUCCAUCACAGGGUACUGUUAACCAAUCACGACCAUCCAGUCACAGCAGUGACCAAUCAGACAUGUCUACAAUGAGCAUAAACAGUGAAGAAAGAGGUGUAAGUUGAUAGUGGCUGAACCUUUUUGUGUUUAAAACAGUGACUGAAUUACAGUGCUGUGAAAAAGUAUUUGACCCCUUCCUGAUUUUUUGUUUUUUUGCAUAUUUGUCAUGCUUAAAUGAUCCAGAUCGUCAAACAAAUUUUAAUAUUACACAAAGAAAACCAGAGUAAAUACAAAAUGCAGUUUUUUAAUGAUGGUUUUAUAUAUUAAGGGAAUAAACAAUCCAAACAUUUCUGACCCUAUGUGAAAAAGUAAUUGCCCCCUAAACCUAAUAACCAGUUGUGCAACCCUUGGCGGCAACAACUGCAAUCAAGCGUUUGCGAUAGCUCGCAAUGAGUCUUUCACAUUGCUAGGGGGAGUUUUGGCCCACUCUUCUUUGCAGAAUUGUUUUCAUUCAGCCACAUUGGAGGGUCUUCGAGCAUGAACAGCCUUUUUAAGGUCAUGCCACAGCAUUUCAAUUGGAUUUAAGUCCGGACUUUGACUAGGCCACUCCAAAACCUUUAUUUAUUUAUUUUUUAGCCAGUCAGAGGUGGACUUGCUGGUGUGUUUUGCAUCAUUGUUGAAAUUACUUUUUCACAUAGGGUCAGAAAUGUUUGGAUUGUUUUUUCCCUUAAUAAAUAAAACCAUUAUUUACCACUGCAUUUUGUAUUUAUACUCUGGUUUUCUUUGAGUAAUAUUAAAUUUUGUUUGAUGAUCUGAAUCAUUUAAUCAUGACAAAUAUGCAAAAAAAAAAAAAAAUCCGGAAGGGGGCAAAUACUUUUUAACAGCACUGUAUUGUGUGUGUUUUUGAGCUUUUUUCAGUUCUGUGUAAAUUUUGAUGUCUGAAGUUUGGUCAAAUCAUGUAAUUGUAAAUGUGGCAUAGCCUAUAAUUGAAAUGAUUAUGGUGUUUUCUUAUAAUGCAGAUCAGUGGUACUAACAAAAAAGUGGUGUACUAUACUAUACAACAUUACUCACGACCCCAAAUGGCCAAAAACGAUAGAAGUCAGUGUGUUUUUUUCUAGUAACAUGACAUUUAGUACAGUUAAAUAUGCCAUUUAUCAAUAAAUAUACACAGUAUAUAUAAUAUGCAUAA